AUGCCGAAGAUAUUCCUUAUCAAGAAUCGGUUGCAUCAGCAACAGCUGCGGCUGCUUGAAGCGCAGAAGAACAGCCACGACAGCUCCGACAACAACGGCGGCAACGGAGUUGUCGGCGGAAAGGCCGGGGCCGUCGAUAACGUGAUCGGCAGCAGCAACGAACCACUCUCGCUGGUAUCUCGUAAACGCGAGCACAAAUACGCUACAGAUCGCGACAUCUUUGGGGAAGAGAAUCGCUUCAGUCCCCCAUGCCGGAAGCGAGCUCCAUCACCGUCCUUGUCGCUCUUUGCCCCGGAGCGGUUGGCAACGGCUGCACCCAAAGUACUGGAAGAGAUGGAAGAGAAGGAAGGGAAGGAAGAGGAAAAGGAAGUGGUCGAGGUGGUGGGGGAGGAGGAGGAGGAGGAAAAGGUACAGGAAGAGGAAGGGAAGGAGGGCGCAGAGGAGGCGAAGAAGAAGGAGAAGGUGAUAGAUGCGUCGGCGGCGGCGGCAGUGGCGGAGGAGAAGGAGGAGGAAAUGAUGGAGGAAAAAGAGGAAGAGGUGAAGGAGGAGGUGGUGGAGAUGGAGAAGAAGGAAAAGGAGGAGGAGAAGGUAGAGAAGGCGGAGAUGAAGGAGACGGAGAACGACUCCGCGACUAGCGGCUCAGGCAGCUUUGUCGCUGAUCACCACUAUCAUCACCGUCCGCUCGGCAUAACGCAAGCCUACCGUCACCACCAUCUCCACAACCCCUAUCAAACCCACUAUCAUAACAUGCAGACAGGCCGGUUUCUCCGCAGCAAUACAUCCACCAAAGAUCCUUGUUUUUCUUACCCUCCCUCUACUGCUACCAUAACCACUACGACAACAUCGACUACUACUACCACCACUACUGCUACCACGGCUACUACUGCUACUACUGCUACUUCUGCAGCUCCGCCACUUUCGGUCACUUGCAACAGCAACAAGGACAACGUAGAAGAAGACAAACCGUUCCGAAAUGGCAGGCCGUAUCCUUCGCCACUGCUGGCAUCGGUACCCAUCGCCGAGGAGAAAAAGGAGGGCGAGCCAACGGAAGAGGUGCUGGUGGUGGAGCGCGAAGGGGAACCAGUGGUGGUGCCUGCGGUGGUGCGAUCUUCGUUCAUCAGUGUCGGGACAAAUCGAAUAGCACAACCGUCACCGCCUAGAGCCGAGGCGGCUGCUAGCAAGAAGGGCGCCGCAGCUGGUGGUGGCAGUGGUGGCAGUGGUGGCAGUAAUGGUGAGCGGCCAAUUAUGGCGGUAACGGUAGCAAAGUAUGACCAGCGGUGCCCCGUCCUGCUGCCGCUGCCCACUGUCAGCAACGGUACGUUCCGUAGCUGCGACGGACCGUCGCCGUACGUCGGAUUGCGCGGUCAUGUCCCCACGAACGCCGAGCGCAAAGCGUACCCUCCCACGCCUCCUGCCAUCUUGGAGAAGGUGGAUUGGCGGUCGGAACCAACGGCCGAGGAGAUCAGUCCCACGAAGGCAGGCCCACCACAGGACCACGACAACAUCGCUAACUCGUCGUCGUCGUCGUCAUCGUCAUCGUCGUCAUCGACCACCCUGUACAAUGAGCAGCGGGUCGCGCGGAAGGGUGUGAUACGCGAGGAGCCUAGUGUACCCAGCGGUGACCACUAUCGGCAAAUAUCGUCCCCGGUGGACAAACUGCCAUCGGCGAAGGGUCGGCUUCUGUCGCUGCACACACGCCCUGCUCCGCUACCCCAGGUGGUACCCCACGGAACGGUGGUGCGCUGCUCUGUCAUCCAGCGGACGCCCGUCGUAGCCAAAUUAUCGUCCACCGAACCACACCAACAACAGCCGGUGGGCGUUGAUCCCAACCCCCGGGCAGUAGACUUGAAGGUGAGGGUACCGGUGGCACUGAUCGCAGAACCGGAGCAGGAACAACCGAUAGACUACCAUAUACCGAAGCGCCCGCCGGCGUCGGUGGCAACGCCGACGCCGCCGACAGCGGAAGGACCGCGAAACGAAGCGGAGGAGGAAGAGAAUUGCGAUAAGCGCGCUGAAAUGAACACGAGCCCCCACCCAGCCGGCAUUCUGCAACGGAACCUGCAACCGUUUCGGUCGGCGGCCGCGGCUGCUGCGGCCGCCGCGGUCCUGAACGGCAUCGUACAGGGCGCGGCAGGGCACGGACGGUCCUCGGGCGAUGGUGGUAGCGGUGGUGGUGGCGGUGGCGCUGCCCAAAACCAAUCCGGAGGCGCCGGCGAUGGUGGUGGGGGCGGGACAUCGAACGGCGGUGGCGGUGGCGGAUACGCAUCCGGUGGCAGUGGAGGUGCCAGCGGUGGUGGUGCCUUCGGCGGUGGUACGGGGAGUGGCGGCGGUGGUGGGAUGGGAGGGCGCGAUGGCCGUUCCAACUACGGUCCGAACAGCCCACCCACCGGCUCCCUGCCACCGUUCUACGAAAGUCUAAAGGGUGGCGGAGCGGGAGGAGCCCUUAACAGCUACAACGCGAACGGUGGCUAUCUCACGAACGGCACAUCCAGCUACCAGCAGCUACUCAGCACGCUCGACUGUGAGGCCACCGUGCAGGAACUGAGCGGCAGUGGAUCGGGCGGGGGCGCUGAGAGCAGUUUGUUGGGGUUGGGGCCGGGCUUUACCAGUUACGGUAGUGCGACGGGCGCAAGCAGCAGCGGUGAUGGUAAGCGAGUCACCGACGGCGCUGGCAGCAACGACGGGGGCGGUGCUAAUGGCACUGGCAGCGAUGGCAGCGACAUUGGCAGUCCGGAGUCGGCCGCGGUGGUGGCGGUAGCGGCUGCUGCUGCCGCCGCUGCUAUGGGCAAACACUGCCAUCUAAUGCUGCACAACCACUUCGGGUUGCCGCUAAAGGACGAGAUCGAUCUGGACUACGAUGCUAAGGUGGACUCGACCCUGCAGGGACUGUACGUCAGCAGCAGGGCCGGAGGCGGAGAUGGAGGAGAGAACACGGGGGCUGGUGAAAUUGUACCUGUAGACGGUGGAGCAUCCGGGAAUGGCGGCGGGGGUGGUAGCGGCGGCUACGGUGUGCCCGACGCCAUGAUUGACAUCGGCGACUCGUUGCAGCUGACGACCUACGCUUCAUCCGGUGGCGGCAGUCCCACGGUGCUGCUGGAAGGUUUGAGCGAUGCGGAUUUCUCGCUUUACUCGCGCGCCAUGCACGACGAACAGUCGAGCAACGGCAACGACCUGGAGCUCACAUCCACGCCCUCACUUACACCCGACUCCGUCGGCACUCCGCUGCAACACAUCGACCCGGCGCACGAAGCCUUUGGCGACGUGUAUCCUUCCGGUGAGGCCCACCACCAACAGAACGGACAUCUGACACUGCCGCGGGAGUACGCGACGAUGGUAGCCGCUGCAGCCUUCAGCAGUCAGCACCACUCGCUCACGCCCAACACCAUCCAGCAUCCGCAACACGGUGGCCAUCAGCAACAUCAGCACCAGCAGCAGCAUCAGCUACAGCAUUCGCAGCACCACCACCAGCAGCAUCAUCUCAACGCUCACCAUCAGGUGGCGCAACAGAGCCUGCAGAAGUACGGCGCAGCGGCGCACGACAACAACAACCAGCCGGGGCUGGGCUACCUCCAGACGGGCGUCGGAGCUGCGUCCUACCAGUCCUACCAGGCGCUGCUACGCUACGAUCCGCUCGACAGUCACAGCAACCUGUCGCUGCCGUCGCCAAACGGCGGUUCGUCUUCGUUGGACGUAGCGCUACAGCAAAACCUUCAGCCGGCGAUGCUACACGGUGCGGGGUCGAACGUCACCUCUCUGCACCUCCAAUCCAACCCACUGCACCAGCAACACCAGCAACAGCAGCAACACCGAUCGCUUGGAGUCCGAUCGCCCGGAGCCACCUCCGCGACCCUGGGUCACGUAGCGGUAGUCGGUCCACCCCCAGCCGUAAUUGCUUGCACCAUUCAGAACCUCGGACUGCCCGCCGAUUCGGAGCUGCAGUUCGUUAACGGCGGCCAUGGCAUCAAGAAUCCACUGGCAAUCGAGAAUGUUCCGCUACGGAUGCGUAUCGAUGAGCGCCACAGUAAGUCGCUGGGGUCGAGCGGCGGCGGUACGUCCAAAGCACGCAGCCACCAGCACCACAACCAGCAGCAGCAGCAACACCAUCAGCAGCAUCUGCUACCACAGAAACAGCUUGAGAAUAAUGUGGUCGUAGUUGGUUCUGCGACCACCGCUAGCUCGACAUCCGCGUCCUCAACGGCUUCCCUUUCCUCUGCCUCCUCCACUUCUUCUAACUCACCCUCCUCAUCAUCCGCAUCGUCUACCUCGUCGUCCGCCGCUUCUCCGAACGGGUGUAGUUCGCCCGGGCACAGCGUCGUCGGGGGUGUCACCGUUGUGUGUGCUCCGACCGCGACAGCCACCGACGAUGACCAGAACCGUUUCGUCUGUCGUAUUUGUUCGAAGACUUUCAGCCUGCAACGGUUGUUGAACAGGCACAUGAAGUGCCAUUCGGACGUGAAACGGUAUCUGUGUACGUUCUGCGCGAAGGGCUUCAAUGACACAUUCGACCUGAAGCGGCACACGCGCACCCACACCGGCGUCCGACCGUACAAGUGCAACUUGUGCGAGAAGUCCUUCACGCAGCGCUGCUCGCUCGAAUCGCACUGCCUCAAGGUGCACGGUGUCCAGCACCAGUACGCCUACAAAGAGCGACGCACGAAGAUGUACGUUUGCGAAGAGUGUGGACACACGACGAACGAGCCGGAGGUGCACUACAUGCACUUGAAAGAGAAGCAUCCGUACUCACCGGCACUGCUUAAGUUUUACGACAAACGGCACUUCAAGUUCAGUAACGCAGCGUUCGCCAACAAUCUGCUUGGCUCGCUACCAAUGCCGGUGCACAAUUAA